CGCGCCUGCGCACUACGGCCCCUGCCCGCCGCCGCUGCCGGGAUCGGGAAGUGUCAAGCGGCCACUGGGCCCCCCGCCUCCGCCCGGACCGCCGCGGACCCCGGAGCCUGUCGUCGGGCCCGGGCCCCGCCGCCAUGACGAACGUGUACUCCUUGGAUGGGAUUCUGGUGUUUGGUUUGCUCUUUGUUUGUACCUGUGCCUACUUCAAGAAAGUACCUCGUCUCAAAACCUGGCUGCUAUCCGAAAAGAAGGGAGUCUGGGGUGUGUUUUACAAAGGUAAGGUAAUAUCAGGAUAGGACAGGGGAUUUCCAUCUCCGGGUGGGGAAGUACAAAGGGAGGUGUGGGGGGGGGGGAGAAGCCGCAGUGAUUGGAACCAGACUGCAUGCUGCCGUGGCAAUUGCUUGUGUGGUAAUGGCCUUUUAUGUCCUGUUCAUAAAAUGAAUUCCAAAGUGUCAGUCUCAACAACCGCCAGUCAAGGGGACAAGAGCAAAGAACCAGUCGACGGCCAGAGUGCAGCCUAGAAGAGUUGAGAUAAAAUCCUCAUAGUCCCCAGGAUGAUGCCGCAGCACCUGCUCCUAAUAUUUGUGGGGGGAAAUUCCUCAUGGUUACAUUAUUAUUUAUGCUUCAGGGGAUCCCAGAAAGCCAGCUUCCUUUGGCCUGUGUAUAAAUCCUUGGCAGAGAGCAUAAAAUGCCCAGAUAAAUCACAUCAUCCGGUGAUAAGAUUGCAUACUUCCUGCUUAAAAACCUGUCACCUGAUUUUGUUCUUUCAGCUCUUCUUCAGAAUCUUUGUAAACUGAGGCUCCUUAGGGAAGGAUAUAGGUGUGUUCAAACCUUUUGAAAGGAGAGAGAAUUUACAGGAUAAUUUGUGUGUGUGUGUGUGUGUGUGUGUGUGUGUGUGUAUGUGUAUGUUUGAUUUGGAUUUGGCACAUUGGGAGCUGGGGGUGGAAAACAAGUUAGGAAGAUGCCAAGAAAUUUUCUGGCUUUGGAACUUGAUGCCAUGUGGGAACAUAAGAGGCACAGUGCUCGCUGCCGGAAGAGAACAGAUGACAUGCUCUGCUGUGUGCUGGCAGUCUAUAAGUUGUGCAGAAAGAACCUGGGCCUCCAUAAGACUGGAAGUUACUUUUCUGUAAUGAGACCAGAAGGGAAAAACUUACAAAGACAAGGUUCACCAGUCUCCCCCCAAAGAUGACUUCAAUCAAACAGUCUGAGGAAAAUGAACCUACUCUUUAUUUCCUUUUUCUAAGUUUUCUGAAUUACAGAGUUCUGAAUACAGUCAGUUUUAAAUGUCACCACUCGGGAAAGAGAAAGUAUUGAAAAAAAUAAUUGUCUAAUAUAUUUGCUUGUAGAGUAGUGGAAAUAAAUAUACUAGUAUAUUAAUUCAUAUACUAGUAAGUUCAUCUAGUAUAAAAAUAUUGUGUUGUAAGAUGUUUUUCAAGAUACACACUUAAUCUUUGUUUAAAUUGGUUUGUUAAGGCAAUUUUUAAUUGAUGACUUGUUUUUCUAAGUGUACUUUUUCUUUUCUUUUCUUUUUUUUAAGGAGAGAGCUUAGGGGCCACAGCUGCCAGUGUGCAGGGGCUACUCCUGGCUUUGUGCUCGGGUAGCACUCCUGGUGGUGAUCAAAGGCCUGGGUAUAUGUGGUGCUGGCAAAUUGAAUUGGGGUCAGUGGCAUGCAAGACAAGCGCCUUAACCCCUGUACUAUCUCUCUGACCCCUAGGCCAACUCUUAGUUCUCUUUGAUGACAAUACUCUUUAAGAGCUGUUGAAAAUAGAAAUUCUGUUUGUUUUAAGAACAUGAAAAAAUCAGACUGAGCAAGAGAAGUCACUGAUAUUCAUAGGCAUGAUUGCACAGGUCAUAAAAUCCAUAAAUAAAACGAGGACAGAGAAAAAUAGAGGCUUGCAACUGAGAUUGAAACAUUUGUCCAGAGAGUAUGAUAACUCCUAGACAACUCACUUUAGAAGGAAAGACUUCUCCAUUUCUUCCUAUACUUGCAAGAGGUUGUUACAUUUACAAAAUCUAGAAUUUUUUUUUUUUGCGGGGUCGGGGGGCACACCUGGCUCAGGGCUUACUCCUGGCUUUGCAUUCAGGGAUCACUCCUGGCAGGCUCAGGGAACCAUAUGAGGUAUCAGGAUCAAACCCAGCUUGGCCACGUGCAAGGCAUGUACCCUACCCAUUGUGCCAUCUCUCCAGCCCUUAAAACGUAGAAUUUUUUUUAAGAGUUGGUUUCAUAUCAGAUUAUUAUGAAAAGAAAACAUAGACACAGGUCUGCCAAUAAAGUUCCUGUCCAUUAAACUUGACUGAGGACUGUUAGCUGCGGCUAGUACCUGUGGCAAUAAACUAUCUUUUGUCUUACUCUGAAAGAAGAAAACUGCUCCAAAGUUUAGAUUCUGACAUAGGCAGUUUAGUGCCUUGAGGAUUCCUAGUAGCAUAGAAAGUCACCAAGUAAACACUACAUGUUUAAUCAUCUCUUCAGGAAUUGAUCCACAGGGUAAAGUUGCCACAAUUCACUGUUUUCCAUGGUCAUGUCUAAGGAUCUUUCACGUGAGAGAAAGGAAGUUGAAGGGGAUGGAAAGAGUUACACUUUGUGGGUGUAAAUUUGGGACCUGGUGACCAAAGGGAAUGUAACCCCCUAAAAAUGCAGGUUUUGCACUUGUUAUUUUGUAGCUUUAAAGACUCAUUUUCUAAUAGAGCUGAUAUGAUUAAGCUGAUGCUUAGGACUGUUUGAUAUUUUUAAAUGGACACCAUUUCACAGUUCUAGUUCAAACCAACUUCAAGUUUCUUGGGUUAUCGUGACUUACACUCUUGAAUUGUUAAAUUUUAAGAUGUUUUCAUACCAAACUACCAAAACGUGCAGAGUGAAGGUAAUUUGAAGCAGGAAGCUGUUUCAUUUCUUGACUUUAUGUAAGCAGAUAACCUGUUUUAACUCAUUACUUCGAUGUGUCAUAUACUUUUGACUGAAAGUAUAGGAAGUUGUUCCUUUGGGGGAGUCUUUUAGGAGUAGAGAAAUGGGGACAGCAAUAAUGCCUCGGAUUCAAACUGGCAUCGUCAUAAAUCUUGUAUGUCAGGGUAGAAUGAAGUGAGCAUUUUAUAGUUGAAAUACAAUUUUUAUUCCUCAUUGUCUGUACAAAUCCUUGAAAAUAAAAAUCUGUUUUCCCUA